CGCUGAUGGUCUGCCCAUGGCCUAACGUCUCCCUACCAAUAUCCCAGUCCUCGAACAAAUCCUAUCCGACGCAACAGCACCUCUAGAAGAAACCUUGCAAAAAGUCGUCGAUACCAUCUCCACCGCGGGCCGCGGCGUAACGUCCCGAAAUGUUAUGAGGGUCAUUUCCGAGCAGGCCGUGAAGGGGCCGCUCGACGAUGAGUCCGUGCGCGUCGUCGAACUUCUCAGCAGCUAUGAUAUCUCUGACCCCCAUGUCGGCUACACAGUCUACAUGCUCCUCCUCCGCCUCUCCGACACCUGCCCCAACGCCUUCCGCCACCUCGACUCGCACGACUGGCUCGACCGCCUCACUUCCGAAGUGACCUCCACCCCAUCCCGGCGGAACCAGCAGCUCGCCGCGCAACUCCUGUGCAAGAUCUGCGAUACGCGGGAACUGAGUAUCGGCGAUCUCAAGAUCUUCGACGCGCCGUGGCUGGAGCAGCUUGCGGAGCUUAUUGAAGAGACCAGGGAGUUUGAGGAGCAGAAUGCCGAUUUGUUAAAGUUGCUGUUGACGGUGCAAUACCAGUACGCGUUGAAGAAUACGGCACGAUCGGUUGUGCCGAAUCCGGUGCUGCUUACCAUAGAGAAGCGGAUAGAUCAUAGCAAGACGUUGAGCGAGAAUGUUAUCUUCUUGUUCAAUCGGGCAGAGGAGAAGCUCCUACGUCUAAAGAUCCUUCGAUUCCUGGACGCCGUGCUCUCAGACCCCACAACAUCGGGCCUGUUCUACACCAACGAUUUAGGUGUGCUGCUGGAUGUCGUGGUGCGCGAGACCAAGAACGUAGACGCGGAGGACGAGGAUCUCCACCAACGCUACAUCUACCUCCUUCCCCUCCUACUAAACCACCCCGGCGCACAAUGGACAGAUAGGAACAGAGAAGAGGUGCAGAAGCUGCUGACAGGGAUCAGGGACGGGCCAUUUGUGAGGUCGCAGACUCGAAAAUGUGCGGAGAAGGCGCUGACGGGGAAGACGAGGAGGGAUAGCGAGUGAAGCUGGCCAUCCUCGCCUUUUUUAAAUGCUUACAACCGUAUCUCGCUUACAUGUACGCCCAUGGACGUGCAGAAGCGAGGUUAUAUUGGCAGUAUGACACUAUAGAUACGGAGCUGCUUCUAC